AUGGCAAGGGCUCUUGCUUUGUACGUGGUCCUCCCGCAACCGACCACUCAGGACCCCGCCAUGCGCGUCAAUCUGACUUCUGUCCCCCCAAAAUCAUACGGUCGCCUUGUAUGGACAUUGUGGGCCAAUUGGCCAAAGAAUCUCGCUCCCUCCUCGGACUGCUCCUCGCCGUGGCAUAACUUUGCCCAGUCCCUUUUGAUCGACUAUUUGUUGAUAUUGAUGUCUAUUCUGCCAGAAUUAACCGACAAUGGCAUCGAUCUAGGUAACCGCUCGUCAGGAUUCAGCAAGCCAACGGCGGGCGUCGGCAUCUAUUACCCCAGUUUGGUG